UCAUUUGCAUUUUGCAUUGCAUUGAUUGUUUUGACGUGCGCGGAAGUAGAUGUCUUGGUUGUUUUACAGUCUUUGAAUUUAAAGAGUCUUUUUCCAGUACUAAUGUAAAAAAACUAUGGCUUUAGGGAUAAUCAGUUAAUAUUGAAGUUAACACAUUUGAGUUAAUAUAAAAAUGGCGUUGAGAGACGUCGCCGAGGAGUACUUUCGUACAUUGAACCCAUUGGCUACAAAAAUACAUGAAGAUAUCACUGAAGCUAAAAAUGCAUAUGAAAACAUUUGGGAUACUCUGUCUUAUAAGGAAAAGGCUGAAAUUAUAAAUGAAUCUAUAAUUAAACCAGAUAUAGCUUUAAAGUAUGCUCUACUUGAUACAUUAGAGUUUGAUUUAGACAAUCCACCUAAUAAUAAUGACGAUCUGAUGUCAUUCUUUGGCAAAGAACAUGCCAUGAAGAUUGUACAAGAUGAAAACGGGUCAUACAGGGAUGAGCAUUCUGCACCGUUCCUGUAUCAGACGAAAAGUCAAUUGAAUUUAUGUAUUUUAAACGAUAGCAGACAACCAAAGGAAACUAAAUGUACCUCACCACCUCCGAUACUCUCCGAAUUAGCAUUAUCCCAUUCAAAAGUAGUGAAUGAGUUGAAGAAUGCACUUAAAUCGCAUGAUGUGUUGAAGAAUACCUUCAAAGAUCCCAAAGAUAGAGAUGUUACCUCACCAACGGGACUGUUUACGAAGUUUAUAGGAAAUUUUAAAUGUAAAGAUGAGGAAAGAGAAUGCUUAAUGACUGGACAGAAUACUCAUAUAGUUGCAUCCUCAGAUAAUUUCUUUAGAACAAAUUUCAAAAGCCCACAAAAUGAUAAGGAUUAUCGUAGCAGUGUUAUUAAGUCAAAUAGUGAUUUGUCAGAGGAGAAUCGUGGUCUGCUGUCAUCUAGUCAAGCGUCUUCUGGCACCGACUUCCAGUCAACUGAGACACUCACGGAAGGCACCAGUCUGCCGAAGACAGGAUACGAUUUUUUGGAUAACUGGUAACUCUUGAAGGUACAUAUCGACGUCAAACAAUGGUUUUCUAGAAUUUCCAAUGAAACUUAGAACCUUAAUUCUGCUAUUACGCUGUAGUUCUCUAAUUACGAAUCUCUAUAUUUUACACCUGUAUAUUGCUAUCCUUUUGAUUCUUGUUGUAAGAGACAGGGACAACAAUAAUGUAUGCAAGUGUCGGGACGAUGUUUUUCUGUUUAAUUAAGAGACAUAUCAGUGCCCCGUCAAGCCAAAGUAUUUUUGGUAGUCGUGUUGCGGAAUUUUAGGGUCUUGUGUUAACAAUUUUAAAACUAUCAGUAUUAUAUUAAUCUAUCUGGUAUAGAAACAAGUUAACCGUGUGUUCCCAUUGAAAACAAUUACACAAAAUAUUACCAUGUGAAUGUCUGAUAUAUUAAGUGUGAACUUAGUAUAAGUAGAGAUAUACUUUCAUAAUAUUGUUUUGUCGUUCUUACUGACCUCUACAAAUGAACUGGCUAUACGAAGUUGUAAUUUGUGCGUAUUUGAUUUUCGCCAUUUUGUCGCUGAUGGUAGCGGCUUGUAGCGACGUUGAUUUGAACUAAUAAUAUAGAUAGAAUUGACAUUUAACAUAAACAGGCGCGUUUAAAUCGGAACAUAUAAAUCAGUCACUUCCAAGCAAUCGCCUAUCCAUUUAUAGAAAUCAGUUUUGUAUCCAGUGUAAUCGUAUGUAUUUGUUUUUAAAUAAUAUAAUUCGAAUUUUAGGGAAAUGAAUUAUAACAAAUUUACUCAAAUAAUUUUACCUUUAUAAGGCUGAAAUCUCUGAGGCAACCUUAGUGACCAAUGGGUCCACUGGCUUUACCUCAUUCAGUGCCCUCCUCUACCUCUCAGUUGGAAAUUUGAGGGGAAGCCUCGGGGCCGACAGUUUGGCUUUUUAUGUUGGCUCGUCAGUACCCACGCAAACGCCUCCUCGGUAUAGCUGUCCGUCUCCGAGAAGGAUAUAUCCGAUAUGGAGAUGGAAGACCUAUGUCUUUCCCUCUCUUUCCCUCACCGCUCUCUUUCCCUCUGCUACGCUUGUUUUUUUUUAAAUUAAAUUUUUAAUUGAUAUUGUUUUAUUAAUAGUUACUAGAUAGUAUUUAAAAUGUAAUUAGAUAUAUUUAUUAAUAUAACGCUUUGAUAACAUACCACUCUAUUAUAUAAAAAUACUUAUAUACUCUUAGUUUAUAAGAUUACAUAAUACAUCAGUAUUGUUAAUAUUAUUGUAAUUUUGAUUCGAAUUCAAAAGAAAUUAUAU